AUGGGCGACAUGCUUAAGCCAGAACUGUACAAUUUUAUAAAACUGAAUACGCCUGCUUAUAAGAAGUUUGCAAUAGAUAAAAUUCUGCAUGAUGCUGGGCAUGAUGUAUCAGGAUUGCCACCCUAUCACCCCGACUUGAACCCUAUAGAACUCGUAUGGGCGGCAAUGAAAUCUCACGUAGCAUGUCUCAAUAUCGAUUUUAAAUUUUCUGCUGUUUUAAAACACUGCGAUGAGUUUUUUAAUAGAUUUGGGAGUGAUGAGUGGAAAACGAGAUGCGAGCAUACAAAGAAGUUUGAAAAAGAAUUUAUAGAAGGCGAGCCCGCGGUUGAUAGAGUUGUGGAUGAAUUCGUUAUCAAUUUAAAUCAAACUGGCAGAGAUAGUGAUUUUUUGGAAACUGAAGAUGAAGAUUCAGAAGGAGAAGAGGAGGAUAGCAGAAUUUUGGGUGUACAAUCAGUAGGAGACUCUAUAGUGUAUGAAACUAAUUCUGAUGAGACGUACAUCAAUCUUGGAGGCUGA